AUGAUUCAACUAUAUUUCCGACAGUGGCUGUUGGCACGUUUGGGAUCGUUCUAGGUCUUCCUUUCCUUGCAGUAGGCGGUGUAUCUUUGUUCUCAAAAAUUACUGAUGAACGAACACAAGGUCAGAACUUAAACUUGUGGUUUAUAAAAAGUGAGCAGAAUCAAGGCAUAGUUUGAUAUCAUUAUAAACACUAAGCUGGAGUCAUGGGGAUCAGUUGCGUUCGAAAAUCCCUAUAUUUUCGCAUGGGAAACCUUACAAAGAUAACCACUCCCUUCCAAAUCAAUCCGCCUCCAAUGCAAUUUAGAAAAAGUAUGGCAGUUCAUGUAGUGAGAUAAGUUAUAUAUACUAUAUAUAACUUAUCGGAACGUCCCAGUUCAUCGAAAUAUGGGUGACAUGGGACACAACUCGAUAGAGUUAAUUGUUGAAGGUUUUUGUAUAGAUGGGAAUUUCGAGUGUAGAUUUUAUACGUCUAUUAAAAGUCCUGAUGUUUUACACUUUACAAUAGGCAAUUCCCAUUAUAGCUAAGCAUCAUGGGAAAUGUGGUAGGCUUCACUUGCACGCGAAAUGGCCGCCGCGAAGCGAGCAUUUUGCAUGCGAGAGAAAUUGCUUUAUUAAAGUACAUUUUUUCCAGAGUAUUAUAGUUUAAAUAGAAGUAAUGUGUUUGUAUUACAUUGAAGUGUAUUGUGGGCGAAGUAUAUCGAAAUCGAAGCGAAAACGGACGAAAUAAUUGGUGUUGAACAGGCGAGGAGCGAAGAAUGGCCUCGCAAAUACGCUCCGAGAGGAAGGUUCAAGUCUACAUUCUAAGGUGAGUACGCUUGGUAGACACCGGACUCCUCGAUACAAAUACGUGUGACUUGUUGCUUGAUUUAUAUCUCGAUUUUCUCAACAAUCCAGCGUUAUCUCGCGAUUUUUUCGCUUCUUGAAACUCUCAAAUUCGGCCCAUGAUGUCUUUCGUUCGUUCGAUAAGCAUGGCCUCUAAAAGCAGUCUUUUAAAAAAGCCUUGAAAAUGUUUUGGCGCGAAAGAAAACCAACCUAAACCGGUUUUUUCCGCCCCAGCUCUGUUACGUUGCCAAAAGCAUAAAAAGAAAUAAUUUUACCGCUGUUUCUGCCGCUUAUAAUAAUUUCUGCUUCCUUUGUUGUGGUCGGUUCAUUUCCUAUCAAAAUAAACAAGUAGGUUCUAGCUAGUUAAUUUUAAAUAUAUUAAAUUUACCUCUUUUAACUUUGUUAAAACUGUUUAAAAUUUGCAUAGUUUUGUGCUUAGUUAAAUACAAAUUUAAAGGUAUUUAAAGGCAUUCUAGUUUAAUUUUUUUCAUAUAAAGCUGCAGCUAGUGCAGGCAAUUUAGUGGACUAGAAUAUAAAUAUAUUCAUAUUUUAAAAUAAAGAGUAGGUUUUAAGGCAAGUCCUAAAAAUUAAAUUUCUACAUAGUUAAUUUUAAAAUUGUUAGGAUAGGUUUAAGUUAAAUUAAAUAAGUUUAUAUUAUGAGUAAUGAACCAGGAACUUCAAUAGAGGCAGAUACAAAUUUGGCAGCAUUAGGGGUAGUUGGACAAAGAGUUUAAAGAAUAUCCCAGAAUUUUCAUACCAGAAGUUAGAGGAACAUUUGGUACUGGAUGCUAAAAAAACACCUGACAACAAGCCUGCUGAAGCAUUUAAACAUAAAAAAGUGGAUACAGACUUUUCAAGGCCGGUUAUCCAAGGCAAUUUGUGGUCAAGCCAAAUGUGAAGAAAGGAGAUAAGGCUAUUUUCCGGCCAGAUCCGGUUCCAGCCGGAUCUUAAAAAAUUGGUUCCGGUGCACCCCUAGGGGAGAUAUGCCAAUCGAACCUUUACCAGUGUUAUGGUUUUUAUACGUUGAGAAGGUUGCACUUUGACUUCUUGGUUGUGAGGGCAUUUCUAUAAAUACUUCUGUGCAAUCGACAAUCACCGUAGUAUUGGGAUAACUCUCCUUGAAGCUGGAAGGCAUGGUUUCUCUAAUAUAAUUUUGUGAAGACCAAAUGGGAAUGGAUCUUACUCGUGUGUAUAAAAAAUCCAGCCAUGUUAUCCAAAUUCUAGAUACUUGGGAUUUAGACAAGUUAAAUCUAUUUGCUAAAUCUCUUUCCAAUAACCCCAACCUGAGUCUUGUAAGACACAAGAACAGCUCGUCCUCUGGUGAUAGCCUCUUCUUUGGCCCACACUUUUCACGUUUUGCAGUUUGGUUUGAGCUGUUUGAUGAUCCAAUAUACUGUAACCUUUCACAUGCUGGACACAGAUAGUUAUAGAAAGCUUUAAAUGUACCAUAAUUGGAAAAGCCGGUGUAGAACUCAAACUCACGGCAAUAUCAUUGCUUUUAAAUUGAUCUAUUGAAAAAUCACAUUGCUGAACCUUUUCCUUCAGCUUUGAAAUUUCCUCUUCAUAUUCUUGGUUUUUCUGUUCAAGAGUCUCAACUACAUGUUCAAGUUUUGAAAUUUUAUUUCUUGAAGAUGUUAGCUGUUCUGCCUGUUCAUUUAUUAUGCAUCUAUCCUCAUUUGGGUCUCUUCUAUUUACACACUUAAAUGUUGUUUUGGGCUUUGUUGGUGUAGGCAGCAAAACUUUUUGCACAACUGUUGGAACAUUGUGAAGACAAGUCUUCUUGGCACCCACAAAAUGUUUUGAACAAACUCGGUGGCACUUGUUAGGUUUAAAGCUUGCUCGGCCAAUCCAGGGUAACCACAUAUUUCUCAGCUUCAUAUCAGUUGGAAUUUGAUAUAAUGAUAGCUCAGGAUUUUUUUUAGUACUGCUAUCACAUUUAGGAAUACAACAAGUUGUUCCACCACCACCAUUUUUCUUUUUUUUAGAAUAUGUAGUUUCUAGGUCUGCUGCCAAAUUUUUAUCUGCCUCUAUUGAAGUUCCUAGUUCAUUAUCCACAAUAUAAACUUAUUUAAUUUAACUUAAACCUAUCCUAUCAAUUUUAAAAUUAAUUAUGUAGAAAUUUAAUUUUUAGGACCUGCCUUAAAAUCUACUCCUUAUUUUAAAAUAUUAAUAUAUUUAUAUUCUUGUCCACUAAACUGCCUGCAGCUUUAUAUGAAAAAAAAUUAAACUAGAAUGCCUUUAAAUACCUUUAAAUUUGUAUUUAACUAAGCACAAAACUAUGCGAGGUAAAUUUAAUAUAUUUAAAAUUAACUAGCUAGAACCUACUUGUUUAUUUUGAUAGGAAAUGAACCGACCACAACAAAGGGAGCAGAAAUUAUUAUAAACGGCAGAAACAGCGGUAAAAUUAUUUCUUUUUAUGCUUGUGGCAACGUAACAGAGCUGGGGCGGAAAAAAACGGUUUAGGUUGGUUUUCUUUCGCGCCAAAACAUUUCCAAGGCUUUUUUAAAAGACUGCUUUUAGAGGCCAUGCUUAUCGAACGAACGAAAGACAUCAUGGGCCGAAUUUGAGAGUUUCAAGAAGCGAAAAAAUCGCGAGAUAACGCUGGAUUGUUGAGAAAAUCGAGAUAUAAAUCAAGCAACAAGUCACACGUAUUUGUAUCGAGGAGUCCGAUGUCUACCAAACGUACUCACCUUAGAAUGUAGACUUGAACCUUCCUCUCGGAGCGUAUUAGCGAGGCCAUUCUUCGCUCCUCGCCUGUUCAACACCAAUUAUUUCGUCCGUUUUCGCUUCGAUUUCGAUAUACUUCGCCCACAAUACACUUCAAUGUAAUACAAACACAUUACUUCUAUUUAAACUAUAAUACUCUGGAAAAAAUGUACUUUAAUAAAGCAAUUUCUCUCGCAUGCAAAAUGCUCGCUUCGCGGCGGCCAUUUCGCGUGCAAGUGAAGCCUACCACAUUUCCCAUGAUGCUUAGCUAUAAUGGGAAUUGCCUAUUGGCAUCACCCCCAUUAGUAUAUAUACUGGCCUCUGUAGCUCAGUUAAAUGGUUAGAGCGCUCCACCAGAAUCGAAGAGCAGCAGGUUCGAUUCCUGUCAGAGAUCCUAUAUAUACAGCGUGUUGCAUUUCUCGCAACUGCUCCUGGUUAGGUUUAAUAAAUAUAUAAAAUUUACACUUAUUACCAAAUUAAUUUUCCAUUUCAGGUUUUCUACAAGGUUUUCGUCGUUCUUUUCUUGGUAUAGGCACGAUAUUAGGUACCCUCUGGGGUGGAUCACUUUUUCGUCAUUUAUACGUACUUAUUGGUGUUAUGUGUGGUUUGCUUGCUAUGGUGGAGGUAAUAGCUACUAACUACAGUCUAAUUAUUAUGUCAUGCAAUGAAACCUCGCGCAUAAGAAGCUAAAUUGGUUUUUCCAAGUUCGAAAGGUUCUUAAUAUAUAUUAUUAGGCGACAUUUACUUGGAAUCUAGAUGAUUUGAGGUCGUAUAAGUAGGUUCGUAGCAUUGCAUCAAUCAAUCACAAUUCACAACUUUUGUCACACACAGAAUCGCACCCUGUUUUAUGCAAUCACUUUUUAUCCGCAUUCUAAUUUUCACGUAUUGCUUAUUCAUCUGUGCAUGGCAUACCUGUCAGUGUACAUUUUGAUAUUCAGCCAAAUACAGGGUUUAUUUUAACAUGCAGCUCUACACAAAAUGUGCAGUUUUCUAAACCCAUUUGUGCCGUUCUUAAAACACAAAUGUGCAGUCACCAAAUUAACAAAAAUAUAACCUUAAUUUUGAACAGUCUUCUCAUUUACUCGUUUUCCUUGUGGAUGCCCUAAAAAAUGCCAGAAAUGCUGUCAUUGAGCAUAAAAAAUAUAUACUUUUUCUGGAAGAGAACAACCAGACCUUCCUAUUUUCCUCACAAAUCACUUGCGUGCUGGGGUAGUGCAUGGCUCUCCAAAAGAGAUUAGAGUGAGAGAACCUGAUAUUCUUUGCUGCCUGAAAUGUAAAUUUAAGGUUAUACAUGUAUAUUGAAUAUUCAUGAUUAUCAGUUACAUGGUUUGAAACAGUUUUUGUCGGUGGUUGGGUAAAACAAGUCUUUGCCAGAACUUAAUAAGAACCCAUAGAUUCGAACAAUUUUUGGGAACACUCUCUAGCGCCCCCACCCAAAAUUGAGUUUGUCUGGCUUUUCUCCCACCAACUACACCUUUGAUUCUGACACCUAUAUACAGCUAUUUCAAUUAAGGUUGUCCCCCGAGCAAAGCGGAAAAGUCGAUUACGAGCGCGAAAGGCUGCUGGGAAUCGCUAAUAAAUUCAUUCGCUCGUAUUUGACUUUUCCGCGUUGCUCGGGGGACAACCUUAAUUGAAAUAGCUGUGUGCAAAUUAAGAGUCUAUCAUAAUUUACAACUUUAAACGUUAAAUAUCUAAUCUUGGUAAAAAAUACUUUGCCCCCCCCCAUGGGCGGAUUUACUGGGGGGAGGGGGUAAACCCCCGCUUUAGAAUCUUUCUAACCCCUCUUACAAAGUGUUAAACCCCAUCAAAAUUUUGCGUCACCCCUCCUAUUUCUGCGAAAGUCUUUAACCCUAACAACUAACCCCUGCCGAAGCUCACUCAGUGGUGCUGCUUACACCCCAUUAGAAAUUUUUCCACCCCUUCUUAAAAAAACCUCGCCCUCCCCCCAGUCAAACACAUGAUGCUUCGUAGCAUCCCUAUGUGCAGUUCUAAAUUUUUGGUAAAAUAAACCGUGGGCAAAUAAUUACAAGAUAGCUUUGGUGUUCGAUAGUCAGCUUAUUAUUUUGAAAAAGGAUCAUGCAUAAGGUUUCGGUGUAUAUUUCUUUAGAUUAUGAUGAUUCUAUCAUUUCACCGACUGCGGGACCCAAGCGAGACCAAAAAGGAAAAUGAUUCAACAGGCGAGGAGCGACAACCAUUAUUAACCUGA